UGCUUUCUCACACACUCUUCAAGAUACACUCCUGCAUGCACGCACUCAUACACAGACAUGGAGGAACGCACACGCACGGAUCUCGCUCUCGCCCUCUGACUGGUCGCUGCUUUCAGCUGUCCGGACACACCGACAGAAGCGAACGCUGCAACGCCGUUUUCCUCUUGCGCUCCUCGCGGCGUGAUUUUCGUCUUUUUUUUUUCUCUCCGAACGGCUCUCCGCCUUCUGCAAGUCAUCUGUGUCAUGAACCUGCUUUCGGCUUGUUGCUAAGGACACUAAAAUAGCCAGGAGUGGACUCCGACGUUGUUUUGUUGCUAAGGUCCUAGCAGUCAUGGCACAAGGGUCCAGAGACCAUAUUGGUGUGGGCACUGCUAAUCCAGACGAUGACUCGCCUAACAUGAUAGUCUACAAAAAGAUCGAGGACGUCGUUUUACGACUGCAGGACGAGAAGGCGGGCGGCGUGCCCGUCCGCACCGUCAAGAGCUUCCUGUCCAAGAUCCCCAGCGUGGUGGCCGGUUCUGAUAUUGUCCAGUGGCUGAUGAAAAACCUCUCAAUUGAAGAAACAGCGGAGGCCGUCCAUCUUGGUAGCCUCAUCGCUGCCCAUGGCUACUUCUUUCCCAUCUCAGAUCACGUGCUCACACUGAAGGACGAUGGGACGUUUUUCCGCUUCCAGUCUCCGUACUUCUGGCCCUCAAACUGCUGGGAGCCUGAGAACACUGACUAUGCCAUUUACCUGUGCAAGCGCACCAUGCAGAACAAAGCCAGACUGGAGCUGGCUGACUAUGAGGCCGAGAAUCUGGCUCGGCUGCAGAGGGCGUUUGCCAGGAAGUGGGAGUUUAUCUUCAUGCAGGCUGAGGCGCAGGUUAAGAUCGACAGGAAAAAGGACAAGGUGGAACGCAAGAUUUUGGACAGCCAGGAAAGAGCAUUCUGGGAUGUCCAUCGACCUGUGCCAGGUUGUGUAAACACCACAGAGAUGGACAUCCGCAAGUGCAGGCGUGAGAGAAACCCUCAGAGAGUUAAAAAGUCUGUGUAUGGCGUAACAGAGGACAACCAAUCACAGAGGUCAGCACAGCCUCCCUCCCAGCCCUGCAGGACCUCCACCAAAGAGGAGGUGAAGAAGCAGAUAUCGUUCUUAAACACACAGCUGGACAGACACUGCAUGAAAAUGUCCAAAGUGGCCGACAGUCUAUUGAGCUACACAGAGCAGUUCCUGGAGUAUGACCCUUUCGACCCACUGGAGCCGUCCAACCCUUGGGUCAGCGACGACACCACCUUCUGGGACCUGGAGACCAGGGAGCCCAAUCAGCAUCGUGUGAAGAAGUGGAGCUUCUCUCUGGAGGAAGCUCUGAAGGACCCGGCUGGACGAGAACAAUUCCUGAAGUUCCUCGAGUCCGAGUUCAGCUCUGAGAACCUCCGGUUCUGGCUGGCGGUGCAAGACCUGAAGCGCCGUCCGCAGCAGGACGUGUCGGCGCGCGCGCAGGACAUCUGGCAGGAGUUUCUGGCUGAGGGGGCCCCCAGCUCCAUCAACCUGGACUCACACAGCUACGAGCGCACCAGCCACAACAUCAAAGACCCCGGACGGUACAGCUUCGAGGACGCCCAGGAGCACAUAUUCCAACUGAUGAAGAGUGACAGCUACUCUCGGUUCCUGCGGUCCAGCACGUACCAGGACCUCCUGCUGGCCCGGAAGAAGCCUCCAGCUGAGAGUGAGCAAGGCCGGCGCACCUCAUUGGAGAAGUUCACGCGCAGCAUGGGCAAGUCGUUGACGGGGAAGCGCCUGACAGGACUGAUGCAGUCAUCCUGACAAAGCCUGGACCACUGGAGCAAUGCACACACACACUGACAACGCGCGACACACACACACACACACACACACACACACACACACACACACACACACACACACACACACACACACACACACACACACACACACAACUGACAACACACUAGGAGAGUAGGAGUUGCAGCUGUAAGGGACAGUCAUGAAUCAUGAUGAAGGUGCGGGAGAGACAGACUCAUAAUAAGGGCUGGACUAAGGAGAGAGAGACUCAUCUGCAAUGCUGAAUGAAUGACAGGACUUGGAGAGAGAAAUACAUUAUCGCCAUUAUCACCUAGAGAGAGAGAGAGAGAGAGAGAGAGAGAAUGAAAGACUGAAAAAGAGAAAUGCAUGUAGAUCCAAGUCAGUGACCAGUGACACUCAGGAUGACAUGGUGGUGAAUGUCUGGAUGAGUGAAUUGUGUGUGUGUGUGUGUGUGUGUGUGGGAGGGGGGUUACGUGGCCAGAUGGGAGAGGUGGGAAGGACAAUACCACGGUCAGUUCAUGAAUGAAACACACCCUCCACAUCCCAGAACUCACACAGUCCUCUCUGGAUGUGCGUGCACGCCUGUGUGAGUGUGUGUCAUGAGAUUUCACUCUCACUGCAUAAAGAGAGGAAUAGGCCGUAACAUUAGAUGCACCUGGCUCAAAUAUUUAAAGCUGAAGUCUCCAACAUGCAUUUGGAACAAGUGAACCAAUGAAUGGACACUCAUCUCUGCACACACAAACACACAUUCUCUUUAGCUAAACUUUGUUGAUAUGCCUUUUCUUCGGCUCUCUCUGGGUCACACACACAUUCUGACACACUCACUCACAAUCUCAGAACUCAGAGCAGAAAGAAAUCUGGACACUUCAGAUCAAAGCACACCAACCACUUGUCCUCAGGAGGGAGUCAGCAAUAAAGUGUGUGUCACACAGACAAAAACAACAAGCCACUUGAUACACUUUAUACUCACUGAAUAUAUCUACAAUUUAAACAUGUACAAUAGUCUGUUUAUCACAAAUUAUACACUAGUACUUCUUGGAAGCUGUCAAAGAGGUUUCUCAGAAGUGUUUGAGCCGUAUAGACUUUUAAGGAAUCUUUAUUGGGAAGCAGCAAACAGUUGUAGACCAUGAGAAGGCUGGGACUGCAUUUGAACGGUGUUUAAAACGGUGUCUGCCAUGUCCUACUACAUUCCAAGGAGGACGCAAAGGGCUGAUGCGAAGCACCAAUCAGUGUGCUUUCCACAGCAAAAACAGAACUGUUACCAGACCACAGGCUAGAGAGCUGUCCGUUAGCCCGUCCAGCUGCUCCUUGAGCUGAACGUGGCGGCGGACUGGACAGGUGGGUGGCCCCACGGAUCUUACUGACGAGAAGCACACAAAGCCACUAUGGGGACAUCAGCAGGAGACGCUCUGCUCACCUGGUCUGAGAGUUCACCUGUCUCAAAGACACUCACUAUGGGGACAUCAGCAGGAGACGCUCUGCUCACCUGGUCUGAGAGUUCACCUGUCUCAAAGACGCUCACUAUGGGGACAUCAGCAGGAGACGCUCUGCUCACCUGGUCUGAGAGUUCACCUGUCUCAAAGACACUGCCUGGAUUUGGAGAUGCUGGCACCCAUUACUGAUGUCAUCAGUGUUGCUGUUCAUCAGACCAAAGCGAUGUCCAGUGUAUAUGUGUGUGUGUUUGUGUGUGUGUGUGUGUGUGUGUGUAUGCACACUGGCAUACACAAAAGUGAGUGUAUGCAUGUGAGUUUGUUUGUUUGAGUGUGUAUGUCUGUCUGUGUCUGUGUGUGGAAUGUGGAGGUGGGUGUACAAAUGUGUGUGUUUGUGUGUUAGUUUUAUCAGGCGUGAGUUUUUUGUCUAUCUUUUGUCUGUGUCUGUGUGUGUGUGUGUGUUUCUGUGUUUGUGUGCAGCUCACCAUGUGUUGAAUACCGUCAUGAAAAGGCUCCAAUGUCUUGCCUUACCACAGGAAAUGCUGUCAACUGUACAACUUCAGAAUGUGACCACAGUGCCACUUAGUGGAGUAUGUGAGGUAUUACAUGGUAUCAACACAAGUUUGGGAAUAACAGCCUAGAAUUGAUCACUUUCAGACCAACUUGUUAGUAUGGAUGCAACAAUGACUGAAGUUCAACAUGCAACUUAAUCAACCCUUUGACAUAUCUUAUCCUCAAAAAUCUCAAUAUUCAGUAGACAUAGAGUGAAGACUGUGGUUUACUUAGGUUAGCAACAAGAAAAUGUACUGUUGCAUGAUUGUUAAAAUGUUUGUUGAUAUAAUUUUAUGGCCAGUUGGAGACUGGGGUACACUAUCAACGCGGUGACGGUGAAGUAUGUGAAAAAGAUUUCUGUUUGAGCAAUAUUUCUGAUGUCAUUUUUUUUUUAAAUCUGUAUCAUAGCCACAAGAAGUAUUUUGAAUCAAGCACAUUAUCAGAUAUUUUUAACUAAUCCCCAUUUACUAUGUAUAUGCCUAUUUUUUAGAUACUCACCUCUGUGAUGGUAUCUGCACAUCUAAAAACAACAUCAAUCUCAGAUGAGUACAUUCUAUUGUGGGGUGUGUUUGCAUCUUCCCCACGUUGUGUUGUUUACAUAACAUAGAUGAAGUCCCCAAGUCUGUCUUACCUGAGGACGGUCAGUGUGUUGUCUGUGUCCACAAACAUCUGUGAUUUCUCCAAAGACAACCAGUUUAGCACGCCAAAGUAACUGCCACUGUCACUCACGUCUCAUGUCAAGAAUAGUCGGCUUCUCCUGUGUUACGCCCUAAACAUCAAUCAAGAUUGAAACUUACACACUAACAAGCAGGACGGUUCUAUAAUGAAUCAGCCUGACCUGCUCACCACAGAAGAACGUUGAAAGGUUUCUAGAUGACACUUGCCCUUUAGUGUCAAGUCUUUCACAAUAUCUUCUGCUAAAACAGAUAAUGAGCAUUUAAGGGUACUAAUGGGUUCUGAAAAGGACAAGUUCAGCUCAGCAUGAAUAAGGAACUGUUGCAGGUUCUGCAGGGAGGUAAAAGUCCUACCAUGUAUUGGUUCUACCUGUGCGCUUAGCACCUUAAAGUGUCUUGAGUUCUUUGAUAAUCCUAUAGCUGAUAGGUGAAAGAAUACUAUCUGUACCAUCCAUGGAUUCUAAGAGGAAGCCUUUAAUGCAUUGAAAUAAUAUUAUUCUUACCAUCCACAGAUUCUAAGAGGAAGCCUUUAAUGUGCUGAAAGAAUAUUAUUUAUACUAUCCACAGAUUCUAAGAGGAAGCCUUUAAUGCAUUGCCAAACAAGUUUUUUUUAAAGCCCAAUAAAAGGACUCAGAAGGGGUUGAAUGAAUCACAUCUGAGUUAUUUGUCCAGUCUGAGACCUGUCACAGGAAGGGCAGGAGCAGGUGUUAAAGGACAACUGGCAAAACAGAUAGAUAAUGCUACACUGGGGGCAUGAUUUUACCGACUGUACUCUGUGACCUUGAGAAACAGAGAACUAUGAAAAAUUGCCAGGAUUCUCCUUUAAAGCAGGACUGGGCUCUCAUACGGUUAACUGCCCCAGGAAGACUCGCUUUACAGAGCUUACACUGAGAUAUAUGGAUCUGGGGUGGUAUUCAUUUUGAAGGGAUACUGCUGAAAACACACUGUACAUAUUGAUAUUGUGUUACUAUUAUCCAAUGUUAACCUCCUGACUGCUAUGUUCUAGAUGAGCUGUCCGGUUGUGAAAUGUAUACAAGCGCAAUUACAAUGGACAAUUGUACUGAAAUUCUAUAUAUUUUCAUGAUGUGGAAGCACAUAUUAUAGUACGGGCACAUUACUAUGCAUGUAACAUAUCCGGGGCAUUCAGGCUUUUAGUUAUUUAAUCAGAAAUAUGACUAUAUGGUCUCAGCACAUGGUAUUAUGAAAAAGCACCAAAUAAAUAUUUGGACAUCAACAAAUGUGUCCGCUUAUUGUCAGCUACAUUGGUACGUGCAGUAUUGUGUGUGUGUGUGUGUGUGCGCGCGUGCGUGUGUUUGUGUGUGUGCGCGUGUGCGCGUGUGUGAAAGAAAUAGAGGCCAGAUUAACUGUCCUAAUGACUCUGUAAAUGGUCUUUAUACUGUAAGGAUCUUCUGCUGAUGUUCUUAUUACAGUAACCAUGUGAGCAUGUUUUUUUUAUUUCUGGGAUAUAAAUCAGAGAAAUAUAAUCUUAUCCUAAAUAAAGUUUUAGUACACUCAGAGUAAUAAUCCUAAAUAAAG